AUGUCAUCAAGAGCAUUAAGAAAGUUAAAAAAAGUCAAAGAUGACUUUGAAGAGGAGGUAGUAGACGAUGUAGAUGAACAAGAGGAAAGUGAAGAGGAAAUUCAAGUUUCAUCAAGUAAAUCAAAGAAAAAGUCAACUGCUUCAAGCUUUUCAAUGUUGAAUCUUGAUGAUGAUGAUGAUGAUGAUGAUAACAAUGACAAUGAAGAUAAAGAUCAAGAUCAAGAUGAAGAAGAUGAAGAUGAUAAUGAUAAACAAUCAAAGAUAAAGUCAAAACAACAACAACCAAAUAAUAAUAGUAAUAAUAAUAAGAAAAAGAAGAAACAACAAAAGAAGAAAUCAAAGACAAAUAAUAAUAAUAACAACAACAAUAACAAUAGUAAAAACAAUAAUAAUAAUAAUAAAGAUGAUAUAGAUAAACUUGUAAAUGAAAUAACCUCUACAAUUACAAACAAUAGUUUUCAACAGAAUGAAGAACAAAAGAAAUACAGAGAGAUACUAUCUGUAGAUCCAAAACAUCUAAACGCAUCGAACGAAUUGAAAAAGUUAUUUGGUUGUAAAGUUAGCGAUAUGAAAGAGAUGAAGAAAAAGAAUAGCAACGUUCAUACCAAUGUCAAUAUGAUGAAGAAGAAGAGUUGGAUGUUCGUCGCGCCGCAACAAGAGUGGCCGGAGAUCAUUCAGUCGUUCGUAAUGGAACUCGAUCGUACCGAGGGCGAUGUAAAUUACUUUACCAUUAGGUGGAGUGAUAGCUAUCGUCGGCUGCAAGAGGAUUUCUACGAGGUGUUGGCAUCGCACGAUCCAAUGCACAUCGCCGAACUCCUACGUUAUCAUCCGUACCACGUCGAUUCACUACUCCAACUCAGCCAGGUGUGUCUGCAAACCGCUGACUACCAACACGCCGGUGACUUUGUAGAACGUGCCAUCUUUGCAUUCGAAUACUGUUGGCAUCAUCUAUUCAACCCAACCUCUGGAACAUCCAGACUUGAAUAUAAACAUCAAGAAAACAAAACAUGUUUCCUUUCAGUGUUUAGACAUAUUCAAAUCUUAGGUAGAAGAGCAUGUCCAAGAACUGCAUUGGAGUUUUGUAAGGUAUUGUUGUCUUUGGACUAUAGCGAUCCUUUGUUUGUUAGAUUGAUUAUAGAUUAUUAUGCGCUGAAAUCGAAGCAAUAUGAAUAUUUGGUGGAGCUUUAUACAAAGGUUGGCAAGUUGACUCCAUCGAUGACACAGACAUUGGAUUUGUUACCGAAUUUCUGUUAUAAUGGUGCUUUGGCUCAGUUUAUGUUGGUUGGUAGUGGCGGUGGUAACAAUGAAGAUGCCGCUGAUAAACUGCUACAGAAGGCGUUGAUCAGAUUCCCAAUGGUUUUGAAACCAUUGCUUCAGAAGCUGCAGGCAAGUCUGAUGAUCGUUAAAGAUGGCAAGCCAUUCAACUUGGAGGAACAUCCAUACUUUAAGUCGACGAACGAGUUGUUGAAACCGGUGGAGCAUCUCAUCGCUUUGUACGUGGAGCGUAAUCAUCCACUGUGGAAACAACAGCCGACAACGAUCGAGUGGUUGAAGAAGAACGUCGAGCAGGUGAUAAAGUUGGUCGAUGCCAAGGACAAGGCGGUGGAGGAAUCGGUACAGCUGGUGCUGAAGGAAUAUAGUGUUGUCGACCAGUCGGUGUUUGACCAUCUGUUCCUCUCGGAGUACUCGGAUGUCGUGCAGCGACUGCCACCCGACGUCAUUGAGAUGAUGAGAAACGAGGGAUUCAACAAUAUCGAACCGCCAAGAGGACAGGAUCCACGACGUGGAAUCGGUGCUGGCUAUCAGGUGUAUCGUGCACCGCGAGUCAUUCAACAACGUCAGCAAGUAGUUCAACAGCAGCAACAACAAACAAUGGAACAACGAUUCAUGGAACAACUACAACAAAUACAACCAAACAUCGAUCCUAACAACCCACUACUAGGAUUCAUACAAUCACUAUUCCCAUGGAAUGCACAACAACAGCAACAACAAGGAGGUCAACCACAAGCUGCAAGAGGAUUCUUGGAUGAUUAUGUUGAUAUGAUUUAUGAUGAAGAUGAGGAUGAUCAACAACAACAACAAGGUGGUCAACAACAACAACCAAGAAACAAUAGACAAAGAAGAAGAUAG